UGAGAGAGGAGGACUUGUGUCAACACAACAGCCAGUGCUAAUCUUCACUGCAGGCUACAGUGUCUGAUAUCAACAGGCCCUCGAGACGCGUCCCGUUCACACCGCGCGCUAACCACGGGAGAGUGAUGGUGCUCCCGAGCAGUCCGAGGAGCGGAAUUACACUCUCCCAGCUGCCAGUCAGACACACAGCGGCUCCACAGAGAGGAGGAGACGGGCAGGACGCCUCCGUUCAUCCACCCAUUCAUCAGUCCGCUUGCUAAUCGCUCUCCGCCGCCUGGACCUCCCGCGUGCCCUUACCAGCCUGCGCGGAGGCGCGAGACUACACCACGAGCUUCGGUAGGUUGGCGGCGCGAACAACGGUCGCUCGCGCAUACCGGUGAGAGGGGGGCAGCUGGGAAGGAGAGAGAGAGAGACAGAGAGAGGGGAGCCGUCUGUCAGUGUUACUCCCCGGUGUGGAUGUAGAGAGACGGCGGGGACUGAGGAGGACCACCGCCGCUAAACUCUCCGAUUCAGCCUCAACGCGCUUAACUGAGGGCCCUCCCUGGUUGCUGACCAAAGUUCUGGUCCUCAUCUCUGGCUGGAGUGGACAACCGCCACGCCCUCAGUGAAGAGCAUCAUGACCCAGGAGGGGCAGGCUCUGCCCUCUCCCACCCCACCAGAGAACCCAGCGGAGCCCAAUACAGCCGCCAGCACCACCACUGACCUGCCCACGGAAGCCCACAACCAGACAGAGCAGGACAAGCCGGGGGCUGGGGCGAAGGACGAGAUAGAGGAGGGGAAACAUCAAGAAGACAUCAGAGAGGGAGAGGAGGAGGCGCAGGGGCAGACUCAAGAGGAAGGAGUAAAGGAUGAGGGAGGAGAGGGUGAGUUGAAAGAGGAGAGGGGAGAUGAUGAGGAUCAGCAGGCAGACGGAGGGGCGGAGGGAGAGAGGGAAGGGAUAAGAGGGGAAGGAUGUAUGAAUGUGAAGGUAAGCUCAGCAGGAGAGGAGGCAAUGCAUGAGGAGGAGGGGAUGAAAGAAGAAGAGGAGGGAAAGGAGAAUGAAGACAUGCAAGCGUCUACAGAAGAAGAGGCAACUGAUUCGCAACAAGCUGGACGACUGGCAAAUGGCAUAGGUGGGAAUGAAGAGGACGAUGAAGCGGGCGAGGAGGACGAGGGAGGAGAUGAGGGGGGUACUCAGACACUCUUGGACACUUUCAGCUCUAACUUUGAGACGACUGUAGAACAGGCCGACACAGAAGUGGAGGAAGAGGAGGAAGAGGUGCAGAAAGAGGCAGAUGGGAGAGAAAACCAGGACAGUUUCAGCUCAGCGUUUGAGCAGAUUGUUGAGCAGGUUGAUGUUCAGGAGGAGGAGGAGGAGGAGGAAGAGGAGAGGGAGUUAGAGGAAGAGAGGGAGAAAGGAAGGGUGGACAACAAAGAUGGCUUCAGCUCCACGUUUGAGCGCAUUGUGGAGUCUGCCCUGCUGAGGGGCGGCACCUGCUACAGCAGCCUGGACUCUCUGGAUGUGCUGUCACUCACAGAUGAGACUGACAGCUGUGUCAGCUUCGAGGCACCACUGACGCCGCUAAUCCAACAGAGGGCGCUGUUACAGGGCCCCGAACCACUGGAGCUGGAGCUGGCAACUGUUGUUGAACAAGAAGGGGCUGAGGCUGGACCAGACGCCCCAGGUGGGGAUCUGAUGGUUGGGGAGAGCACCAUCCAUGGAGCUGGAGCUGUGGCUGAAGUUGGAGGAAGCCCGCUGAGGACCACCAUACCAGGGAGCCGGUCAGAGUUUGUGCUGAGCCAACCUGGACGCUGGGCCAUCCCAAAUGGAUACCAUACAGACCCACAGGGAGAGGGUGGUGGAGCCAUGAUCAGCUCUGUCAGUGAUGCCAACCUCACAGACGUGCUGUCUGACUCAGACGAGUGCGAUUUGGGCAGUCUGGAGCGUUUGGAGCGCGGCAGCACUGACACUCUGGCCAAUGGCUGCCGAGCCGACUGUGAGGCCGCCAAGAGGCUGGCUAAGCGCCUCUAUCACCUCGAGGGCUUCAAGCGCUGUGAUGUGGCCAGACACCUGGGCAAGAAUAAUGAGUUCAGCCAGCUGGUGGCAUCAGAGUACCUGAGUUUCUUUGAUUUCUCCGGCCUGUCGCUGGAUCGAGCCCUGAGGAACUUCUUAAAGGCCUUUCCACUGAUGGGAGAGACCCAGGAGAGAGAGAGGGUCCUCGUACAUUUCUCCAGACGCUUCUGCCACUGCAACCCACAGACACCCACCUUUGAAGGUCAGAGUCGUGAGGGUGGUGGUGAGGAUGAUGAGGAUGGCAUUAAUGACGGAGCCCACACAUUAACCUGCGCCCUCAUGCUACUCAACACAGAUCUGCAUGGACAUAACAUUGGGAAGAAGAUGUCCUGCCAGCAGUUCAUCAGUAAUCUCGAUGGUCUCAACAACGGCAAAGAUUUCCCUAAAGACUUAUUAAAGAUCUUGUAUAACUCGAUCAAGAAUGAGAAGCUGGAGUGGGCUGUUGAGGAGGAGGAGCUGAGGAAGAGUCUGUCGGAACUGGUGGAGGAGCAGUGUGAGGGCGGGAGUAAGCGUGUUGCCAGGGUAACGGACGGCAGUAACCCUUUCAUUGCUAUCCCCAUUCUCUUAAACGCCGUUACCUACAAACAUGGAGUGCUGACCCGCAAGAGCCAUGCAGACAUGGAUGGCAAGCGCACCCCGCGGGGUCGGCGUGGCUGGAAGAAGUUCUAUGCGGUUCUGAAGGGGAUGAUCUUGUAUCUCCAGAAGGACGAGUACAAGCCUGAUGCUGACAUUUCAGAGGUCGAUUUGAAGAAUGCAGUGCGGAUCCACCACGCUUUAGCCACUCGCGCCACCGACUACAGCAAGAGAGCCAACGUACUGAAGCUUAAAACCUCGGACUGGAGAGUCUUUCUGCUGCAGGCCCCGAGUGAGGAGGAGAUGAUGUCCUGGAUCUUCCGGAUAAACCUUGUGGCAGCUCUGUUCUCUGCUCCGGCCUUCCCUGCCGCCAUUGGCUCCAUGAAGAAAUUCUGUCGGCCAAUCCUGCCGUCCUCAUCCACCAGACUCAAACAGGAGGAGCAGCUGCUGAGUCAUGAGAGCAAGCUGAAGCAGAUGAGCCUUGAGCUGGAGGAGCACCGGAAAAACGCGCCCUCAGUCGACCCCAAAAGCCGCGAGUGGGAGGAGUUCCGGCUCAAAGAGCACUACCUCACGUACGAGAAGACUCGGUAUGAAACGUACAUCACCCUCCUGCAGGCCAAAAUCCGCGCUGAGACGGACGACCUUGAGAAGAUCGAGGCCAGCGUGAUGGGUGGCCUGAUCAUGGAGGGUGGCCUGUCCGGCCGCGAGUGCCACCUCCGCAAGACACAGUCCUCCCCAUCCAUCAGUCAGGCUCACGGCGGGCUGAACGGGAAGGCCGCUGCCCCGGAACAGAGGAGCUGAGGGGAGGAAGGAGGACCAGAGACCACAAAACAACAUCCCUCCAAGCCAAACUAACUCAAUCUUCCAACUUCUUUUUUAUUUUUUUCAUGUUUUGUGUUUUGGGUUCCUCUGUUCCUCCUGACCGUCAUUUCCUUCCCAGAAUUUAUCAACCCUGGUGAUAAGUUUCUGUCCUUGAGCAAUAGAUGAAGGAGAUGAAGCGCUUGAUACCCGACAAGUGGCCCCGCCAAACCUCAGUUCUUUGAACUUUUGUUAUUGCACAUGAAAAUGAUCAUAACUGUGAUCACUAUUUAUACCACCAUCAGUAUUAUUUUGAAAUGAAACACAGAGCAAUGCAGUUGUCUUUAGUUGAAAUGUGUUUUUAGUUACGAGCAGAACUUUGAGUAAUGUAUGUAUUAUUUUAAGGCCAGAUGGAGAACAAAGACUGGUUUGUCUUUGUCCUUUCUGUCCUGUCCUCGUCCUGCAGUCAGAUGGAGAUGGUACUACUGUAGCAUUUUAGCCUUUUUUUUCACUCAUGUUUACACACUAAGCCACUCAAAGGCGUGUGUAUGGACCUACAGUGCAGUAUGUGUGGAGUGCGGCGUGUGAGGAUACAACAUAUCUGACCCAGAGCUACAGAAACUCUCGAAAGAACUUCUCAGAAGGCUCAAGUCCCUGCCAUGUAUAGCAUAUUUAUUUAUUUAUUUAAUUCUACAAACCUUUAUUCACCCCAGGACGGGUUUACACAGAGCGUGCUCGCUCUUUUUUCAGCAAUUUCCUUCUUGACAUUCACACAGUCACAUGCAUCUCUAAGUGUGAAGGAGCUGCCAAGAGGAGCAGCCACGAUUUGGACUGAUCACCAAGCUGUUCCAGCAGAGGAACUGGAGGUUGAGUGCCUUACUCAAGGGCACCUUGACACUAGCUGUUGAGGGAUUUGGAGCUUGUUACUUAGUCACUUGUCAGAGAUAUCACAAGUCUGUCUCUGUGAAUUUUUUAAGCUGUUGCUACCCCAAAUACUGACGUGUUAAUUCUGUUUUGUUUUUCUAACAACUCUCAAAUCUAGAGUGAAGAGGAAAACAUUAUGUGACUGAAUGAAAGCACUGUGCCAUAUUCUGUUUUAUCCUACAAUCUACUCCUCUUACGUCACAGAAGGGUGAGCUGAUAUGUUAGAAUAUAUGGUUGGGUGUGAGGGGUCUGAAGAUCGAAAUGGAGGGCAGAACAGUAAAUGUGUGGACGGGAGGUGGGUCAGCAUGUGUGUGUGCAUGCUCUUUUUAACUGGUUCCAGUUGAGACAUUGAAGCUGUAGUCAACAGGGAGGAGUCAAAAUAGCAGGGUCAUGUUUUUGUAUGAAGAGUUUAUUGAGCACGUUUGGUGAGAAACAAUCCAAUGGCCUGCUGCAGAAAAAGACAGCCUGGAUCUCUCAAAAGCAUCGUCAGCACAAAGGAUGACAGAAAAUGUAGCUUUUGGUCUUCUAACAGAACAUCUAACCAAACUCUGUUCUGAUUCAUGGACCUAUCAUGGGUGGGUUGGCCUCCUAUUGGGCAUUUACUAGUACUGGUAAGGGACAGACUCAUUAUCGGAUCUGAUUUUCAGCAUGUUUCCAAUUAUUGGUUACUGUGAAGUUUUUUUUUUUUUGUAAUUGCGAUAAAACUGUCUGACUGGUUAAAAGUCAUGAGUAGUGACCUAUCAACACUGACUAGUCUGAUCCUAAAAAUAAGAAGUAAUAAUUUAAGUUAUUAAACAUUUAGAAGUCUAAAGUAGGAAAAAAUGGGAAUUUUCAAGCAAAGUACGAGUGCCUCAAAAUUUUACUUUAAGGGUAAUUCUGGUAUUUUUAAACCUGGGCCAUAUAUUUACUUGUUUUGGUGUGUGAGUGACUCACACUUAGCGAAAGUCUCGGAAUCAGUCCAGUAGAUCUCAGCUGGCAGCCACAGCUCAGCUAUAAUGGCUGCAGUGUAAACCAUUGUGGUAAAGAUGACGGUCAAAGUUAUGUCCACAAGAGUGCUGGUUUUUGCUAAUUACAGUCUGAGGUUUUAUUCUGAAGUUGCGUCUAACAACGUUACAGAAACAUUUUCACUACAGAGAUGGAUCUUUUGUUUAAAUAAAAAGAUCCUUGUGUGUUUGUAACCAAAUACACAAGUUGAGUAGAAGUCUGGUUUUGAAUUCUUGCAAGAUGUGAGGUGUUACUGGAAUAUGAUGAUGAAACACAAGUUAGGUUAACAAAAAGGUCUAUCUCUGCAGGAAAUAUUUUCUUAAUGUUGUCACACAUUUAAAUAAAAAACCUCAGCCUGUCAGUGGCAAAAACAAGCACUUUUGUGGAUGUAACUUUGAUGGUUGGAGUUGCCCCAAAGGAUUAUAUUGAGGCCAUGUUGCGGCUGCUAGCUGAGGUGAUCUACUGGACUGAUUGCAAGACUUUUGCUAAGUAUGAGUCAUUUACACACCCAAACUUGCAAAUAUGGGGCCCUGGUUUACACUUCAAGUACAUUUUACUUAGUUACUAUCUCCUUUUGCUCUCCUUAAUUACGAAUAAUCUCUAUCGGUAUCUGUAUCAGCCCUGGAAAAAACCCCAACAUACCUGUCAGUCCCUCAUACUGGUGUGUUUCUUCUAAUGUCAUCCUUCCUGACGGGUGAAGAUGGUUUUAGGAAAACAGGCCUCUGCCUUUUUUGGACUUGCUGAUUGCAGAGUGCAGCAGCAGGACUGCUCCAGCCUAACAUGCUAAAGUCAAGAGACCUGGACUGGAGAGGGUACAGACAGAGAAAAAACUCCACCAGCAGAGUAGCCAUCAAAACAUCCUCCACAUGGGUGAGGAGGAGGAGGAGGAGGAGAAAAGACUUGUUUUCUAAGAAGAAGAGGCCGGUUUGGUUUUCUAAGUAAUGCCGUCUCUGCCAGCCAAGAACAGGCAAAACAGUCACUCAGCACACAUUUUUUCCAAAUAGAGGAACAGAACAUAUUAAGCCCAUUUCUUGUGGAAGGAGGACUCGUGUUAUGUGAGAAGGUGGUGAUGUGGUGGGAGGGGUGGUGUUACCGCUGUUUGUGAGCACCUUAAUUGAUCCCAUGUGCACACACACACACACACACACACACACACACACACACACACACACACACACACACACACACACACACACACACAAGUUUUCUCUUUCUACGUAAUUUGCUUAUGACACAACUGUAGAUCAGUGAGCUUAGUGCCCCCCAGUCAGCCUCAGUGUGGCACAGAGGCAUGUUGACACAACCAGAGCUGUGGAUAUUAAGCGUAUGAACUCGCAUAUCUUUGGCUCUGGUCACAGCGCUUCUGCUGCUUCGUAUAUCAUAUUAAUAGUGACUGACGGGGUCUGAGAUCCUUUAGGGACUUGGCUGGAAACCUGGAAUCACAGCUGGAAUCGUGGAUCCUUGUACAGACCAAAACGCUGAAGUGGAGCUUUCAGAGAGGAAGUACCGUUUUAUAAAGCUGUAUUGUUAGGAUAAAUAACUGCUUUCUUACAGGGAGACUUCCCCUUAUAGUCACUUUGGCUGUCGUGCUAACCAUUGUUUCCCAAUGUUCUAGGUUAGGCCUGUGCUGUAAUAUAGGAUUGUGACGAAAAAAAAUAUUUGUUGAUUGUUAUGUUUUAUUUAAAAAAUUACAACUUCGGCACUUUGAUGUCAGCAUUGAAUCUGUCUUUUUGUUUGUAUAUCAGAACUGUUUUUUGACAGGAUGCUCAUACUAUGUAAAGGACAUAUUUACUGAAUAUUUAGUCUGUGCUUCAUAAAGUAAGCCUUUAUACA